AGACCAGCUGCCUUCAGCCUCCGCCUCUGGCAAUCGUGUGUUGCCGAUGUCAGCCUCCCGCCUUCUGCUACGGAGCUGAGCUGAGGGCCGUCGCCCGGAUGGGCCCGCCCAAGCGCCCUAAAAUCUCCAGGAAUUGUUGAAUUGCCGAGGCCUCUGGGACACAAGCUGAAGCUCCCAUUCCAUGGAUCCCUUGGGUGCACCUUCCCAGUUUGUGGAUGUGGACACCCUGCUAAGCUGGGCUGACUCGUGUGGAGAUGAAGUAAGCUACUGGGACAGCACAGCGGAGACAUCCCGGGAAGACACCGUCAGGUCGCCUUUUCUGUAUAAUCGCCACAUUAAUGGAAAAGUGGUUCUUUGGAAAGGAGACGUGGCAUUGCUGAACUGUACAGCCAUUGUGAACACCAGCAAUGAGAGCCUCACAGAUAAGAACCCUGUGUCAGAGAGUAUCUUCAUGCUUGCGGGGCCAGAUUUGAAGGAGGACCUACUAAAACUUAAAGGUUGCCGAACGGGUGAAGCAAAAUUGACAAAAGGCUUUAACCUAGCUGCUCGGUUCAUCAUUCACACAGUGGGGCCAAAGUAUAAGAGCCGGUAUCGCACCGCAGCAGAGAGUUCCCUGUACAGCUGCUACAGAAACGUGCUUCAGCUGGCAAAAGAACAGUCCAUGUCUUCUGUUGGCUUCUGUGUCAUCAAUUCUGCAAAGCGGGGUUAUCCUCUAGAGGAUGCUACACACAUUGCUCUUCGCACUGUGAGGCGGUUCCUGGAGAUCCAUGGGGAAACCAUUGAAAAAGUAGUGUUUGCUGUCUCUGAACUUGAAGAGGCCACUUACCAAAAGCUGCUACCUCUGUACUUCCCAAGGUCGUUAAAGGAGGAGAGCCAGUCACUGCCUUACCUACCUGCAGACAUCGGAAAUGCAGAAGGGGAGCCUGUGGUGCCUGAGCGGCAAAUUAGAAUAAGUGAGAAGCCCGGGGCUUCGGAGGACAAUGAAGAAGAAGAUGAGGAUGACGGCUUGGGAAUGGAUCUGUCUUUCAUUGGCUCGCAUGCUUUUGCUCGAAUGGAAGGAGAUAUUGACAAGCAAAGAAAACUGAUCCUCCAGGGACAGUUGUCUGAAGCUGCCCUACAGAAGCAGCAUCAAAGAAAUUAUAAUCGCUGGUUAUGCCAAGCAAGAUCUGAAGACCUGUCUGAUAUUGCUUCUCUGAAAGCCUUAUACCAAACAGGUGUGGAUAACUGUGGCCGCACAGUGAUGGUGGUGGUUGGAAGAAACAUUCCUGUGACCCUGAUAGAUAUGGACAAGGCUCUCUUAUAUUUUAUCCAUGUAAUGGAUCACAUUGCUGUGAAGGAAUAUGUACUGGUGUAUUUUCACACACUGACCAGCGAAUACAAUCACCUGGACUCCGACUUCCUGAAGAAACUCUACCAUGUUGUUGAUGUCAAAUACAAGAGGAAUUUGAAGGCUGUUUAUUUCGUUCAUCCAACAUUCCGUUCAAAGGUCUCAACAUGGUUUUUCACCACCUUUUCUGUCUCAGGAUUGAAGGACAAAAUCCACCAUGUAGACAGCCUACAGCAGCUCUUUUCUGCCAUAUCACCAGAGCAGAUAGACUUUCCUCCUUUUGUCCUCGAAUAUGAUGCCAGGGAAAAUGGGCCUUAUUUUGCAUCAUAUCCUCCAUCACCAGAUUUGUGACGUGCUGUCUUCCCACUGCUUCUUGGUCACAGGAUUCCAUUUCACCAUAACUCGCCACCUGUUGGAGUGAUGUUCAUUUUUGCUGUACAGAUCCAGAGAGUUUUUUGUCCCCACCUCUCUGGUAUUUUUUUAUUGACUAUAUAUUUUCUGGCACAUAAACAAUCUAGAACUGGUAGGCCAUUCUGAACUGCAUACAUUUUAAAUUUGUAUAUUUGUAUUAAAUGGAAAUGUUCAUUUUUAGAGCUUGACUAGAAAGUGCGGAUGAACCUCUGAGUGUCUUCAGUUUCCUGAAGGACACUGGACGCUGGUGCAGCAGCCACCAGUGUUGCUCAUCAUCUCUUACAGUGCACGCUUCGGACUCUUCGUUACACAGGCUGUCACCAUUGUUCAUAGCAUCUCUUAAACAGUGCACGCUGCCAUUGUUUAUUCAAGUGUUUCUCAAAAUAUAUAGACCCAGUGUAUGGAGAACAUAUGCAUUGUUUCCCUCAGAUCCUGCUUUAAACCAUUUACAUUUUAUACAGGCAACCUGAUUAUAAUAGAGAAUUGCCCGGGACCAAGACUAUAAAAAUGUGUCUGACCAAAACUAUAAAAAUAUUCAGCAAAACAUAGGACUUGCAGUGUGGUGGCACAAGUAAGGCCGAGCUGUAAGUGCUUCUUGAAUUACCCACUUUGUUAAGAUUGACACUGUUCUGAUCCCAGCAGUAUGGGGAACAGAAGGCUGUACCUUCAACUCUUCCAUAAUCAUGUGAUUGGUCUCCUUAUAAUCCUUGAUUGGUCUCCGUGUCAAAAGAAUGUAUGUGCUACCAGCACUCAAGUAAAGAGCAUUUCUGAAGACUC